AGUUGACUUGCCACCAGCUCUGCCACCAUCCUCAUGCAGCUGGUGGACCACGAUACAUUCCUGAGCAGAUUAUCGGAGUUGUUCGAGUCCACCAAAACCUCCGGAUCUGUAUGGCUCACGCAUAAACGGCUCACACAUGAUGGGGAGGACGCGACUAUGGGUGAGGCUGGGGCUGUUGGAGAUGACAGAGAGUAUCCCUGUCUGGUUAGGGUGACAAAUGGUGAUCAAACAUUCUCAACUCGGGUGGGACCCGGCCAACUUGACAAAUUCCAUUCUGCGUAUGGUGCCUUGCUGAAGUCAUCUAUGACCACACUCCGGAAACGAGACAAGCAGCGCGAGAAGCAGAAAGCGGACAAGUUGGCGAAACGGAAGCAACGAUUAGCCGAACCGAUCCCAAUCGAAGGGCCGAAGAGGGGAAAUGGCAGGAAGAAGAGGCAACGUCGAAUAAAAGCCGCCAUGAAGCAGGAACAGGCACGGAAAAAGGCAGAAGAGCGGGAAGAAGGCCGUUCGAAAGUCAAGACUCAAGUCGUUCCCUGAUGUGACAACUAGGAAGUUCGCUCCGUUGUAUACCUAGAGGUACUGGUACACUUAAUGCUCGCUACGUCCGGCUAUAUUGAAUAGCUUGCUUGUGGUGUUUCUUGUUUCUUCUGGGUCUCUGCUGGGCUUCAUAGACACCUUCGAAGGAGUGCAAUCUUCAUAUGUGCAUCUCAGUGGUGUAGUCUUAGUUCGACAGUGAUGUGAAACGUAGAGAUUUUAUGCAAGGUUAAGGUUAGCCGUC